AUGAAGUUGAUGCACUCCCCUGGUCCCUCCCCGUCCGACAUUCAGUCCCACCUCUACACCUCCUUCAUCCAGGCCAGUACUUACGAUGUCGCAAUUCGCGUCUCGGGUACGUGGAACGCGGUCUACAGGCUCCAUCGAGUGGUCUUGAUUCAAUCGGAGUUCUUUCGCUCCCUCUUCACUGCUGGCUUCUCAGAGUCCUCGAACAAGCACAGUAUUCAUCGCAAUGGAGCGGAUGAAAUCAGUGUGAUUUUCGACGACUUCAAUAUUACUAGACCAGCCUUUGAGGUUUGCAUCUCGUGUCUUUACGGUGGAGGGCCCAUCUUGCAUGUUUCCCCAAACCUAAUCGCAACCACCAAUCAUCCCUUGACGCCUCCAUUCUCUGGCGUCUCCCUGUCAGCGGAUGUGCCCACAGGCCAUCAUUUUGCUACACCUCGUUUCUUAUUGUCUUUACUCGCGACAGCCAUCUAUCUGUCCAUGCCGUCUGUCGCUUCCCAGGCGCUAGCGUUAAUUCUCAAGACUGUGGGGCCGACGACAGUCCUCCCAUACCUCAAUUUCGCAUGUGGAAUGUCGCUCACAUAUUGCCACGUCAUGCCGGAAGAUACUCAACCUGCAGUUGGCCUCGAAAGUGUAGCCGUCAUUUUGGACGAUGAGAUACCAAUGGCGGCGACUACUCGAGCAAUCGAAGGACUCAAGAUCGAGCCAUCGUCCGCGCCGAAAGCUUCUAUGGAUGGUGCUGCGUCCAGGCCACGCAGUGAAGGAGGUUCUUCAGAAUCAGACGGUGAAUUCGAAGAUCUUGCCGACAGCGGUCCUUCUUACCACUACGGGGCGGUCUCUGACAAGAUCGGCGAGGCCUGUGCCUGCUGGCUUGCCCGGUGGGCGACCGAUAUGUUGCAAUUGGAAGAUCGUGACGCGAAUUGCGCCAACUCUGACCUCCCCGACUCGCGAACGCGUUCGAAGAGUCUUUCUAGUGUGGGGACGGUCGAUACCACACCUCUGCCGAGCAUCUUGGUCAAUCCGCCAGUCAUAUGGGGUGUUGGAGGCUUGAAAGCAGAAUGGGUCGCUGCUCUUGUCUCUGCGGAUACGUUAUUCGUCAAGAACGAGUGGGAACGGUACAACUUUGCUCGUGCCGUUGUUGAGCUGAGGCGGAGAAACGGGAUUAUCAAGCAAGAGGAGCGGGUGUGGAACAGGAUGUUCGAAUACGGAAUCUGUUACAUGAACAUGACGUUCGAGGAUAUCCUCUUCAUCUCACAGGAUAUCUCUCCGACCACCAAACGGCUCUAUGUGCCGCUAUCUGUAAUGCAGGCAUCGCACUGGGCCCAAUCGGUCUUGCGAAACCAAAUCACUUCUCGCCCAAGCCAAUCUAUUUACAACCCUUCCGGGUGCACGACUGGAACUACCUCGCCGCCACCGCGGGACAAGGAGCUUGGGAUAACUUGGACGACUGCUGACAUCCUAUCGAAGCUCUCCGAGGUGGAACGGAAUGUGAUUGCCUUCGAUAAGAACAAGUCGUACUUCCCGGUGUCGUGUGACCAGUCACUCCGGAUUGGAGAUAAUGGAAGCAAUCCAACUGGGACUGGGACACAGUUGUCCAUGGAAGAGCUGUUCAGCUCUUCUCAUCAGCCUUCACCAAGGCAGCCACAAGCUACCGGCCAUGACAGCUCGAGCAAGAUUUCAACGACUGAGGCGAAUUUCUUCGGGAUAUUGACGCUACGCCAUGUUGCACACACCUGCGUGGAUUUGGACCCGGCUGGAAAGCUUCGCUGGACACCGUAUCCGCCUUACAGAUUUUCUGUUGAGUUCUGGGACGUUGACCUCUUGAAGGAGAAGUCGCGUCUUCACUCACAGACUAUUUGGCAUGCGGGCAGCCUCUUCAACAUCUACGUCCAGCUUGUUCGCAAGAAAGGGCAAGCCCAACUAGGGAUCUAUCUGCAUCGUCAAUCCUCAGUUGAUCCAAUCCCAACGCCAAGUUCUCCGUCCACGCCCAACUUCAGCAUCUCAGCCAGCGAUCGGCAGCUCCAUCAUCGGAAGCCCUCAUUGCCUUCUCUCCUCAGCCAAGCAACACCCAGCAGUCCAACCCACUACUCGCCCUCCAUACACCCGCCGUCAAGGAGCAGCACACCAAGGAUAAACAACUCCUCUCCUUCUCCCCCCUCUUCCCCACCAGCCGUUUCUCCUGUAGGCUAUGGCCCAAUUCCAGCGUCAAUCCAAGUGUUAACUCCCACUUCAGCCCCCCAGCAACCUUACCGCGACCCUCGCUCCUCGAUCUCAGCGUACUUCGCCAUAAGCUGCGCGAGUGCGACGGGCUCGUCGCAGACGCGGUUCAGCAGCGCGCCGGACACGUUUUCGGUCAGUCAGAGCUGGGGGUGGAAGUCGAGCUCCUUGAGGACGGAGGAGUUCUUGGAGGUGGGAACACAGGCUCUACCGAGUAGUGUUUCGAGAGGGAAGGAGGUGAGUUUGCGGGCAACGGUGGUGUUGGGUUUGGUUUGA